ACCGCGCGCACUGACUUUCGAAGCAAAGUAAGGGGACCGUAACACGCGCUCACAGCCUUAAACCCCACCAGUCAAAAAUGUCAUUUGCUGUCCGGAAAGCCGCUUGAACGUGUCAGGUGUCUCUCUAAGGACCGGAGCUACUUACCUCUCCACUUUGUGACAUCCUAAAUUCUGCUGGGAUCACUGUUGACUUCUGUUGCACCGCUAACCAGCUCCUGUUUUAUUUUUCCUCUUCCUCCAAACCCCCCUCCUCCCCUUUCUUAAGCUCCCCUCCUCAGUGUCUCCCAGCCCCAGGCUUAUUACUUAAACCCACUGACGAGAGCAACACAGUAGCUGGCAAAGGAUGAAGCGGAUCUGCUCACCAAAACCAGACAGAAGAUAGAAGACACAAAAGGACUAGUGAAGGGGGGAGAAUCAGUGAGAAAAGAAAGACAUACUGAAAGGACAAAUAGUUAAGACAGCUACCUCAAAGCUGCGAGAAACAACAAUCAGGAAGAUGACACAAAGAAAAGACACAAGUUUCACUUAAGUGUCAUGAGCUAACAACGGGCUCCUCACAAAUCCAGAACUGUGGACUUUUUAUGUAUUCAUUUUUUCUAAAAGACACUUCUGGCCUACUGAAACAAAGUAAGUUGUGGAGACACACUUCUGCACCCAGAGGCUCUUUGUCAACACGUGCUAUGCCUCUAUAAGAAGUAUCAGCCAUGCCAGCCAAAGGAAAGUACCUGUUGAACAAUCAGGAGCUCAAAAAUGAGGCACUGUACCGCAAAUCUUUCUGCAUUAGCCAGUAUCAACCACUGGUACUCUUGCUGGGCCUUUCCAUACUCUACUGUGGAAUUCUCCUCAUCCUCUUCUUUGCCCUUGGAUUGAAACCAAAUCAACAUUAUGCCUUUGUGGGCGUGGUGAGCUGCAGCCUGGGUGUGUUCCUGGUUGUGUUUUUGCUGGUGUGUACAGAGCUGCUUUCACAACGAUGGAGGCGUUUGCUAGGCCUUAUUAUCUGGGCCACACAUCUCACCUUGGGAUACACCUUUAUUUUCAGCAGCUCGAUCGUCUUGCCUUGGGACCAGGUGCCUUUCUUCCUCUUCAUCAUUUUCACAGUUUACACCAUGCUGCCAUUCCAGUUGUGGUAUGCUGUGGUGUUGAGUGUCAUCUCUUCCCUGUCCCACAUUAUAGCUCUCACAUUGCACCUUGCAGUAUACAGUAAUACAUCUACUCCUCAUCUUUCCAAUCAGCUGCUGUCAAAUGCAGUGGUGUUUCUAUGUGGAAGUACAGUGGGAGCCAUUCAUAAUGUCCUUAUGGAGAAAACACUGAGGCAGACCUUCCAAGAUACUCUGAUGUGCCUGAGCAUGCGGAUGAAGCUUGAGAUAGAAAAACGACAACAGGAGAACCUGCUGCAGUCUGUGCUCCCUGUCUAUAUUUCCAUGAAAAUGAAACUGGCAAUAAUGGAGCGCUUGCAAGACUGUAAAGAUAAAGAAGAACAACAGCGACUUGUCAAAGACAAUAACUUUCACAGCCUAUAUGUCAAGAGGCACGAGAAUGUCAGUAUUCUGUAUGCUGACAUUGUUGGCUUCACCCGUUUGGCCAGUGACUGUUCUCCCAAGGAGCUUGUAAUUAUGCUCAAUGAACUGUUUGGCAAGUUUGACCAAAUUGCCAAGGAAAAUGAAUGCAUGAGAAUCAAAAUCCUUGGCGACUGCUACUACUGUGUGUCUGGGCUGCCAGUGUCACUGCCUAAGCAUGCCAAGAAUUGUGUCAAAAUGGGACUGGACAUGUGUGAAGCCAUCAAGCAGGUACGGGAGGCCACAGGAGUCGAUAUCAACAUGAGAGUGGGCGUUCACUCGGGCAAUGUGCUCUGCGGUGUGAUUGGCCUUCGAAAGUGGCAGUUUGAUGUAUGGUCACAUGAUGUGACUCUGGCCAAUCAUAUGGAGUCAGGAGGCCUCCCAGGCCGUGUCCAUAUCACAGAGGCAACUCUGAAGCAUCUGAACAAGGCUUAUGAAGUGGAAGAGGGCAAUGGUCACCUCAGGGACCCCUACCUGAGAGAGCUCAAUGUCCAGACAUACCUAGUCAUUGAUCCACGGUCCAAGGAUCCAUCACUGAACACCCGAAAUGCGCCUAAACCUCGAGUAAACGAUGGUCUAAAGAUGAGGGCAUCUGUGCGCAUGACCCGUUACCUUGAAUCCUGGGGGGCCGUCAAACCUUUUGCUCAUCUCCAGAGCCGUGAGGGCUUCACUCCAGACAGCAUUGUUAAUAACGGCAAAGCACGGUUCAAGGACAUUCCUUUGCGAUCACCCCCAGGCUCCAAAAUCACUGACAGCUUUGAUGAGUCUCUUGAAGAGCCAUUCUCCUUGCCCAACCCUCCAUUCAGCAGCUAUAAGAUCAAAUCCCAGAAGAGUAAGUUUGAUGAGGAGCUGCACAACGAGAUGACAACCACCAUUGAUGAGCUCAGCAGCAAGCAGUGGUCCAAGUCUGAAGAAAGUGGCAGUUUAGCUCUGUGGUUUCCAAAGAAAGAUCUGGAAAAACAGUACCGAGCCCUGGAUUUGCCAAUGUUCAAACACUACGUGGGCUGUGCAACCUUCAUCUUCUUCUGUAUCUUUUUCAUUCAGAUGCUAGUCACAAAGGAGCGACAGAUGUUGGGGAUUUCAUUUGGAGUGUUGGUUUGUGUUUUGCUGCUGACACUGGCCAUCUGUUAUGCAGGUCACCUACAGCGCCUGUUUCCAGAGAAGCUGUCAAGGUGUCAGUGGCUGCCAGCGGUUUCAGAGGCGGUGGUUAAACGACCAUGUGUGCGCCUCCCUCUGGCAACCAUCACUACAACGGUCAUCAUUAUCUUGGCAAUGUUCAACCUGUGCUUUGUCCCGAAACGUGAGGAAGAGGAUGUGGCUGACCUCUUCUGUUUGCCUUACUCUGUAUACUGCUGUAUCCUGUCACUUAUUGCAUGCGGAGUCUUUCUCAGGGUGAGUUUUGAGCUCAAAGUGCUCUUCCUCACCGUGGCCUCCACGGCGUACUACGUCAUCAUCCUCAGUACCAGGAAGGACCUCUUUGAGUACUAUGGAAAUUCCUUUGGUGGUCAGAUCAACGGCAGCUGUAACUUCAGCAGUGGUGAGGAUGAAUUCAAAAUAAUCCUGGACUGUUUAGGGCUGGUAAAACACCCUCAGGUUAUGAGCUGCAUAUACAUCACGCUGUUCCUCGUUACCAUGCUCAUCAUCUCACAACAGAACGAGAACUGCUUUCGCCAGGACUUUUUGCUGAAGUACAAGAACCACACAGAGCAGGAUGAGAUUGAGACGAGGGAGAACCUGAACCGCUUGCUGUUGGAAAACGUGCUGCCAGCCCACGUGGCAGCUCUGUUUGUUGGGGAGAAUAAAAAGAAUGAGGACCUCUACUAUCAGUCCUAUGACUGUGUGUGUGUGAUGUUCGCCUCGGUGCCAGAUUUCAAAGAAUUUUACACCGAGUGUGAUAUUAACAAGGAAGGCCUGGAAUGCCUGAGGCUCCUCAACGAGAUCAUCGCCGACUUUGACGAGCUGCUGUCCAAACCAAAGUUCAGUGGUGUGGAGAAGAUCAAGACAAUUGGCAGCACUUACAUGGCUGCCGCAGGGCUUAGUGGGACCCCUGGUCAGGAGAACAAUCAGGACAGAGAAAGGCAACCGGCCCAGAUAGGUAUCAUGGUGGAGUUUGCCAUUGCUAUGAUGGGCAAGUUGGAUGGCAUCAACAGACAUUCCUUCAACAGCUUCAGGCUUCGUGUGGGAAUUAAUCACGGACCAGUGAUAGCUGGUGUGAUCGGCGCAAGAAAACCCCAGUAUGAUAUCUGGGGCAACACAGUCAAUGUAGCCAGUAGAAUGGAGAGCACUGGGGAGCUGGGAAAAAUCCAGGUAACAGAAGAAACUUCUGGCGUGCUGCAGAACCUGGGUUACUCAUGUGAGUGUCGAGGUCUCAUCGAUGUCAAGGGGAAAGGGGAGCUGAAGACUUUCUUUGUGUGCACUGACAUGAGCAAGCAGCAAGGUAUGGGGCUGAGCUGAGGCCUGCUGGCCACAGCCAACAGAACUGGAGACGGACUUAUGCACACAAGUCAAACGUUUACAGACUUCUGCACAUCACAGGCCUGACUUUAAUGCAACUAUGUGAUGUUACUGAAAGAAAAAGGAUUUAGAGCAACUGUUACAUCACUGUGUGGUGGAUGUCAUGUUGGACCUUUAAGUCAGAUCAGAAGAUGAUUGAGAAGAUCGGUAUGUGUAACCCCCGUGUUUUACUAUUCACGAACACAUUGACGUCCAGUGAUAUGUUACUUUUGUACUUCUUUUCUGUCUCUAACUCAAGAUAGAAAAGAAUAAGUAUUAUAUUAAAAACAAAUAUGGUUGUUUAUGAAGAUGGCCAUUGGUCCUUUAAAGUUGAAAAGAUCAAUAUUUGAAAACCAUCUUGUUUUCCUGUUUGAAAAGCAAUGAAUGCUUCACUCUGUUACUGUAUAAUGAGCAAGGCAAUAGAAAGUGUUUGAACUGAGCUGUUCCAGUGUAUAAGGACCCUUGCUAAAGAAAAACAUAUCAGGAAAAUCCUCUUGCUCCCUUACACAGAACAAAUUCAGCAAACAAAAAGGAGUUCCACUCUCUGGCAAAGUUGCAAAUCUUUAUUCAUAUUCUGAUUAAGAAUUAGGCACCCUUUAAGUUUGUGUUCACAUCUUGCUUUUAGUAAGCUACUACCACAACUUUUUAAAUAUAACACAUAAAACAGCCAUGUGUUAAAUUUAAUUAAGAGUUUUUUUUCAUAUCAGGACAUUUACCAGGUAAAUACAACCUCAGGUGAACAGAACCUGACAUAUCAGUCAUUUAUUUUGCAGAAACUAAGCCAACAAGUAACCUAAAAACAGCCAGUCGUUCAGGUCGUCUGUCUGCAAAAUAACCAGGACUGGAAAGAUGGGCAGUCGUCUGAAAUGUUUUCUGGUUUUGAAAAACCCUUUUCACUGUACAGUGGACUCCACAUUGAUUGGAAAUAGCCUUAUAUCUCUUCCCAGGUUGAUGGGCAGUAACUCCUCUAAGACUAUUGCUGAUGUCUUUCCUCCUUAGCAUUGUGCUUACACAUCUGAAUGCUCCAGAUCAAUUCAGCUUUAUUUGUAUAGCGCCAGUUCACGGUGUAAUGUCAAGGCAAUUUAGCAGACGCAGUCCAAUUCAUUAUAAUUCAUUGUAGUCCAAUUAUAAUCUGUUCAAAAGAAAUUCAUUAUAUGAUCCAUAUGAGGCCAAUUUAUAAUAACUCAGGUCAUUUAAACAAAUUCAUAAAGAAUGACUGCCUAUCUGAGGGGACGAACUAUAAGUCUUCUCUCUGAUUCGGUUCCCAUCUUGACGAUUCACUGUGGCGGUGACAGUGGAGAGGAAAACUCCCUCUUAACAGGAAGGAAAAACCUAAAGCAGAGGGGUCAACAAGCACCAUAAUUUUAAGCCAAGGAUACAUGCUGAAAAAGAACGGAGCGGGGAGGGAAAGCAGUGAACUUCUGCUUGCUGAUGAUCACUCAAUCAGUUGCAUUUGAUUAGCAGCAAACGCUGUCUUGUUCCUGUUCAUCUAAAGGUGCAUUUACAUAAUUUUAUGACGCGUUAUUUACUGUCAUGAAAUGUAAAAUUCAAGUUUUCUUUGUCACAUGACUGUAAAUACUAAGUUUUAGAAGGAGAUGGAUAAGUUUGCUUGAUGAAUGUAUUCCAUCUGAUUAUCCUGAUCAGAUUAAAAUAAAUAUUGUUUGGCUGCCUGUUUCAAUACGUGCUAGAACAGGUGAAAUCUGUGAUGCAUGUCUUUAAUGUGAUCCAACAACCUGUAUGCUGUAAAUGUGUUUUUCUGGCUCCAGCUCAGAUUAUGUCCUGAACUGAUCUGGAUCGUUCUCUGUGGCUCUAAAUCUUGAUUUGUUUUGUUGCCUUAUCCAAGACCAACAUCUUGUCUGUAAUUAAUACAUAAUAAUAAUAACAGGAAUAAUAAUGUAUUGGUCUUUCUGUGAACAAAUGUGACAUUGACUUUUGUACAGUUACAAAAUGUAAUAAAUGUUUUCCUAAG